UAAGGCAAAGGGAAGGUGCUUCACGAUCGCGCAGGCCUGCCACUUGAUGGGCCGCAGAAGCACCACAAUGUCGAGCAGAAGCACCAGACUUCGCUUUCCUUACCCGUCUCCUAUCGGCCUCCUGUAAUCUCAAAAGGCGAAAACUUCUCAUUGCUACCUAUAAAUCUGUCAUCUUGAAGUUUAGCAUGGCAAUGAUUUUUCUUAGACAAAUUAGGGCAGGUUGUUCUUCUAGAAGGUUCCUGAGUAGCAGUAGCAGUAAAUUGGACCUCGCAAUUGCGGAUCUGAAUAGGGAAAUGGAGUCCAUUUUUGGAGAGCCUCCUACACAAAGUAGCAUACAUGGUGAGCUUCCUUCAACCAGCGCCAUUAAUACAUCAACAGCUCCAGACUAUCCAGUCCUUCCUGAAUGCAAGAAAGGUCUGUCUCAUGUUGACAAUAGCGGAAACGCUUUGAUGGUUGAUAUAUCCUCAAAGGAAGAUACUAAGCGAAGCGCCAUAGCCAGUUGCAGAGUCCUCUUGGGGAAGCUCGCAUUCAACCUAGUGGAAGCAAACCAGAUUGUGAAAGGUGAUGUAUUGAAUGUGGCAAAGAUUGCAGGAAUCCAAGGAGCUAAGCAGACCAGCAACCUCAUCCCUUUGUGCCAUAACAUAAAUCUCACCCGAGUGGAUCUCAAUUUCGUUUUGAACAAAGAGGAUUUCAGUGUGGAGAUUGUCGGAGAAGCGGCGACGACAUCGAAAACUGGGGUCGAGAUGGAAGCCAUGACUGCAGUUGCUGUUGCUGGGCUCACUGUGUAUGAUAUGUGCAAGGCUGUGACAAAAGAAAUCCAGAUUACUAAUGUUUGUCUUGAGCAGAAGAGUGGAGGGAAAAGUGGCAGUUGGUCCAGAAAACUUUCUUCAGUAAGUGAUGAUGAUUGCAUUUGAAAGAUCGAAAAGAUUUAGUUUAUUUUGGUCUAUUGAUUGGGAGCUUUGGCUAUCAAUUAAGUAGUUUUGGAUUCGGCUUGUAUAUGAAUUUGUCUUAAUUGACUCAGAAGUUCCAAUGAAAAGAUCGAGAAGAUCGCGGCUUUGGUUUCGAGUGAAUAUUUAGAUGAUUUGGGAUUUGCAAAUGGCAGAAAGUUAGAGCUUUUAACAGUCUGAUUACUGCUUAUUUGUUCUUGAAGACGAUUUGGGCUUUGCAAAUGGCAGAAAGUUAGAGUUUUUAACAGUCUGAGUACUGCUUAUUUGUUCUUGACAGGUAAAAUUUUCCUCAAUAAUAAAACUUAAAAAACAAAGAACUUUGGGAGGAAA